AUGCGACCCUGCGGCCUCCUUGCAGGCGUCGUCCUGGCGCUCACAGCGCUCGGCGCCGCCGACGAGCAGCAGCAUGCCAUGGAAGACAUCGACCACGAUGGCAUCAUGGGCACGGACGAGCUCUCAGACCUGCGGGCGAAGCUGCAGCACGCCUUUGACGUCGACAACAGCGGUCGCCUCGAGAAGGACGAGAUGCGCACGGUGCUCGAGGUCGAGCACGUCUCGCGCGAGUUCAACCAGCUCGACGCCAACGCCGACUCGUACAUCUCGGUCGCGGAGCUCGAGUCGCGCUGGGACGAGCUUGGGUCCGAGAUGACGGUGGAGGAGGUUGCCGACUGGGUUUCCUACUCUGUGCAGCUGCCGCAGUACUACGACAACUUUCGCAAACACUUUGUGUCGGGCUACACCUUUCCGCUGCUCAUGGACAAUAACGGCGAGCGGCUCAAGGACCUCGGCGUCUCGUCCGGCUUGCACCGGCACCAGCUCGCGCUCAUGAUGAAGCGCAAGAUCGCCGGCGUUGGCAAAGUCCCGCACAUGGCGCAGGAGCCCACGUGCCGUGUGAGCCAAAAGCCGUCACGGUCGCCCAAGUACAAGCUGUCAUGGAAGACCGUCGACGAGCGCCCGUCGCCGUCGUACCAGCAAACGAGCUACAGCGAGCUCGCGACCGAGCACGACGACUUUCGCAUUACGGCGUGGAACGCCUUUGGUCGCAGCAUGCGCGUCGAGCUCGAGUGCCCCGCCGUGCCGUCGUCGGGGCCUUUGACCCGUGGCGUAUCGCCGCCACAUCCCAUCGACGUCGACGACGAUAUCUCGUUUUUUGGCGCGGUCAAGAGCUAUCUCUGGUGGCUCGACGAGGUGCUCCUCAUGGGCGCGCUCAUCUUCUUCCCGAUGCGUGCGUACAUUUACGGCGACGUCAACUUCCUCCUGCGCGUCUUUCGCCGGCUCCCGCCCAUGUCGCCGACGCGCGUCGUCGUCGAGGUUGAGCAUGAAGACCCGGCGAACCCGUCGCUGACCGAAGCCCGCGUCCGCGUCUCGUGGGAAAAGCCGGUCGAGAACGGUGUGCCCAUAGUGUGCUACUGCGUCCGGUACACGGACGAGAAGGACAACCACCAGUACCUCAAGAUGACGUCGCUGCCGCUGCCGACCGUGUGCCGCCUCUCGCCGCUGCGGUAUGGCGAAACCUACAAGUUUGUCGUCGAGGCCACGAACGCGUUUGGGCUCAAGUCGCGCUCGUCGCAGUCGACGUACAUGGUGAGUCUCCCAGUCCGCACGGCGCCCGCGACGCUCGAUAAGAAGCGCUCGAGCGUGCUCCGCAACCAGUGCUACCUCUGCGCCGACCCGACGAUGCCCAAGACGGCCGCCCUCGAGUUUCUCGAUGCGCUCAUUUUGCACUUUUGCUCCAAGUGCGACCGCGAGUUUUGCCACGCACACCGCCGGUACACCAACCACAGUCGCGCCAUGAGCUGCCCGGCGGUGAACGGCAAGUGCGUCUGCUACCGCUGUGAAUACGUCAAGCCCGAGCACAAGUAA